AUGUUUUCCCACUUCCUUCUCUCCCUCCCUUCUCCCUCUUCUUCUUCUCUUUCCUUCUCCAACAAUCAUCCUCCCUUACCCUUUGCAGGUAUUUGGCCAUUAUGGUGUAAAGACAAAGGAGGUAACUUUGAUAUACUGCCCUUGUGCAGAGCUAUAUCCAAACCCCGCGCGCAAGAAUAUGCUAGCGUGUUACAAAAUGGUCUGCCUGGGAUAAAGUGGAAGGAGAUUGCGGAUGAUGACACCGAUGAAGAGGAAGCUCUUAAGGUUUUCGAAGUGAAUAGGGUAAAGGAACGUGUCGAAACCAUUAAAUCCAUAUUGGACUCCAUGGAGGAUGGCGAGAUAACAAGCUCGGCUUAUGACACAGCCUGGGUUGCUCUCGUCGAAGAUGUCAACGGCAGCGGCGCUCCUCAGUUUCCAUCGAGCCUCGAAUGGAUUGCCAACAAUCAGCUCCCCGACGGAUCAUGGGGCGACAGACAAAUAUUCAUGGCACAUGACCGAUUGAUCAACACUUUAGCUUGUGUUAUUGCCUUGAAAACAUGGGGUAUUCAUCCGGAAAAAUGGCAGAAAGGGGUGUCGUUUUUCAAAGAGAACAUAAGUAAACUCGAAAACGAAAGCGAGGAGCACAUGCCGAUAGGGUUUGAAGUGGCCUUUCCUUCGCUUCUCGAAAUAGCUCGACGUUUAGAAAUCGAAGUACCUUAUGACUACCCUGUCUUAAAAGACAUAUACGCCAAGAGAGACCUGAAACUCGCAAGGAUACCAAAGGAGAUAAUGCACAGUGUGCCCACAACACUACUCCAUAGCCUAGAAGGGAUGCGAGGCUUGGACUGGGAAAAGCUUAUGAAGUUGCAGUGCAAAGAUGGGUCCUUCUUGUUCUCUCCAUCCUCCACUGCCAUCGCACUCAUGCAAACUAAAGAUGAGAAUUGUCUCAUAUAUUUAAUGAAUGCUGUUCAAAGAUUCAACGGGGGAGUCCCCAAUGUGUACCCCGUCGACAUGUUCGAACAUAUCUGGAUCGUCGACCGCUUGCAACGCCUCGGGAUUUCGAGAUAUUUCCGGACAGAGAUCAAAGAAUGCCUAGAUUAUGUUUAUAGAUACUGGACUAAUGAUGGGAUUUGCUGGGCGAGAAACACGCGGGUUCACGACAUCGACGAUACGGCCAUGGGGUUUAGGUUAUUAAGAUUACAUGGAUACGAGGUUUCUGCAGAUGUGUUCAGACAUUUUGAGAAAGGAGGGGAGUUCUUCUGCUUUGUGGGGCAGUCAAACCAAGCCAUAACAGGGAUCUUCAACCUGUAUAGGGCUUCCCAGGUGCUGUUCCCUGGAGAAAAGAUUCUCGAGGAUGCCAAGCGCUUUUCCUCCACAUUUUUAAAACAAAAACAAGCUGCUAAUGAAUUGCUAGAUAAAUGGAUCAUUACCAAGGACUUACCCGGUGAGGUUGGAUUGGCAUUGAAGCUUCCAUGGUAUGCAAGCUUGCCUAGAGUUGAAACCAGGUUUUACAUUGAACAAUAUGGAGGCGAAGAUGACGUAUGGAUUGGAAAGACUCUUUACAGGAUGCGAUAUGUGAACAAUAAUGUGUAUCUUGAGCUUGCAAAGCAGGACUACAGUAAUUGCCAAGCUUUACAUCGGAUGGAAUGGGACGGUAUGCAAAAAUGGUAUUCAGAAACAGGCCUCGCUGAGUUUGGUGCGACUCAAAGAUCUCUUCUCUUCACUUAUUUCAUGGCGGCUGCCACAAUAUUUGAGCCGGAAAGGUCCCAAGAGCGCCUCGCCUGGGCUAAGACCGCUUUCUUGGUCGACACCAUCGCUUCUUCUUUCGACAAGGACCUUAGGAAUUCAUUCGUCCAAGUCUUUAGAACCGUGGUUGAUGCACGAUUUAGCCACGUUAAUGGAAGGAAGUUGGACUCAAACAGUACAAUACAUAAGAUGAUAGACACCUUGCUUCGAACCCUGAAUCACUUAUCAUUGGACGCACUUGUGGCUCAUGGUCGCGACAUUAGCUGCAGUAUUCGCCGUGCUUGGGAAAAGUGGAUGCUGAUGUGGGUGGAGGAUGGUGAUAGGCACCGAGGAGUUGCGGAGUUGGUGGUUCAGACCAUAAACCUUAGCUCUGGCCGUUGGUCUUUAGAGGAACUUAUGUCCCAUCCUCAAUACGCCCGACUCUCGAACCUCACGAAUACAAUUUGCCAUCAGCUUUAUCAUUACCAAAAGCUAAAGGUGCAUGACAAUGACUGCUACAGUAACGAAACAGAGCACGGGAUGACCGAGAAAAUAGAUUCUGACAUGCAAGAGCUGGUCCAGUUAGUACUGCAAAAUUCCUCUGCCGAUGAUGACGCCUCCUCGGAGUUCAAGCAAACAUUUCUUACGGUGGCGCGGAGUUUUUACUAUGCUGCAUACUGUGACUUAGAGACCAUCACAUUUCACAUUGCUAAAGUUCUGUUUGAGAAAGUACGCUGAUCAUGAAAUUCCUCUUUUUUGAAGGUUGAUUGAUCACCAUUAUUUCUUCAGCAAAAAUCCAUUUAUGUGUAAACCAUGCU